AUUCGGUGGACCGGUGAGUGACCGUAUGUUGAUGUUUUUAUUUGUUCGGAUUUUUUGCCGACUAUCUGUGGCUCCAUUUUACCUGUUGAACGAUAAAUUUCCAAGCUCAAUAGAGCAAAGUGUUUUGAUUAGUAAUUUGAUCUCGUUGUGCGAUGGAUAAAUAUGCCAUCAGUAAUUUGGUGGGCGAAGGUUCCUUCGGGAAGGUAUACAAAGCGAUAGACAAGCAGAGCAAAACGACCGUCGCACUGAAAAUCAUUAGCAAGAGAGGACGAUCGGGACGGGAGCUGAAAGGCCUCCGUGGAGAAUGUGAAAUUCAACGAAAUCUACAGCAUCCAAACAUCAUUCGGAUGGUGGAUUCGUUCGAAACGGAGAACGAAAUCAUCGCCGUCACGGAAUUUGCGAAAACCGAUCUGCACAGUGAGCUACGGGAUGGUUCGCUGGGCGAACCGAAGACUCAGAAAAUCACGUACGAUCUGGUGUCGGCAUUGUAUUACCUGCACUCACAUCGCAUUUUGCAUAGGGAUUUAAAACCGCAAAACAUCCUCUUGGAUCGGAAUAAGACUGCGAAACUGUGCGACUUUGGAUUUGCUAGGAAUAUGACGAUGGGAACUCACGUUCUGACAUCUAUCAAAGGAACUCCACUUUACAUGGCUCCGGAACUGCUGGAGGCCAAACCGUACGAUCACAAUGCGGACUUGUGGUCGCUGGGUUGUAUUAUCUACGAAAUGCUUGCUGGAGAACCUCCGUUCAGUUCCACCUCUAUGAUCCAUCUAGUGAAACUAAUACGCAAUCAGUACAUCAAGUGGCCCAGUUUUCUUACAUCAAAUUGCAUUUCGUUUGUGCAAGGGCUGCUGGAGCGAGACACCAGUCAUCGCAUGCCGUGGUCCCAAAUCAUAAACCACCCAUUCGUGAAGGGGCACAUUGUGAUACUGAAAGAGGACAUACCGGAGUCACCCUUCACGAAUCCACUCACUGCUUCACAAAGCAACGAAAAACGGAAGCAAACCAAUCGAAUAAUGUACGGCGAAAACUUCGAGUACGUUAAGUAUGGAACGAAACGUCCAACGAAAGCCACGAAAGGAUCGAACGAAGAAGAUCUUGCCUCUUCUAGAGAUAGUAUGAAUGUCAUUCUGCAAAGUGACAUGGAGCAUUUGGAAACUGAUGCAGAGGAUGCCGGAGCGACGUCAAUCCGAAGAACCAGUUUGCCGGAGGUCGAUAAGAGUCCGUUUAGAGAAAACGACGAUCUCCGCCCAAUUAUUCCGGAAGAUUUCACCGUUGAAUAUCAUCAUCCUUUGGGCGAAAAUGCCGAAAUCGUUGAAGACAACCCAAACCUGGUCAUGAACAACUUCAACGACAACUUCCCUCUGUUAGACAAGACUGCGCAAAAGAUAAUCUCAACCGAUGAACUCGCGAAUAGACUGAAUAGCAUUAACCUUCAUAAUCAGUCCCUAAAGUUCAAAUCCCAAGAACUAGAACGGAGGAAACUCAGCCAAAACAUCGACAACUUCUCCGUGCGAUUAGAAUCUGAGCGAAACGCUCAAACCAUGACAAACAAAUCAAACGAAGAACCUCCGCAACUCGACAAGAAACCUGAAAAAAUCACACCAACCCUCCUCCCGGGCUGGGACUCUUGCGACGAAUCUCAAAACCCCCCGAUCGAAAACGAAGAAUGGCUUGUGUUCCUGCAGAAAUCCAUGCAGGAAAUCCUCGAUGGCGAGCUGGACUCCCUCAAGCAACAGAACUUUGUCAGCAUUAUCGUAGCCCCACUCCGGAACUGCCGGGCCAGUGCCAAAGUGAUCGAAAAUGUAGCCCACCUUCUGAGCCUGCCACUUGCCAUCGACGCACCUCCUGCCAUUCUUCACGACAUCCUGAGCGUCUACGCCGAACUGAAACUCGUCCCUAACCUGGUGUACGCCUCCAAGCUGCUGUGCAACAAAAAGCUCAACUCGUCCAACAGCGAGAGCCAAUCGUCCCCAAUCCCGACUCCUUUAACCACCUCCAACUCCUCAAUCCGACUUCUAUCGUCCCUGGAUGGCGACGAGGUCAAAACUCUAACCGCAGUGUACGAUCUGAUCUGCUACCUGGUGCACUCCGGGGAGAACUUCCUGAAGCAGUUCUGCGACGCGAUCGAGAUCCUCGGUGUGAAGGAGCUGUUCGUGAACUUUAUCAAUGCCGUUCGAUCGUCGGAGGAGUACGUCCGACUGAGCUGUGCCAUUCUGGCCGUGCUGAACUGUGCCCUACGGGAACUGCCGGAGAAUGCGGAGAUCGUGGAACAAAUAGUGUUCCACGAGAAUGUGAACCUGAUACAGAUGUUGCGGCAUGGGGAUUCCAUAUUGAGACACAGAACGUGCAUGCUGUUGAGGAUCUUGGCGCGCUUCAGUUGCUUGGCUUUGCAGAAGCAUUGGAACAACGAGAUCAAAGAAUCGUUGGAGUAUCUGUUGGAUGAUCAAGACGUGGAUAUCAAUACGGAAGCGAAAUGUGCAUUGGAUGAGUUUAAAUACCUUUCCUUCAUAACUGCGGACGCGGCAAGUUGAAUAAACGGUUGAGUGAAUUUGU